AUGUCCAACAAGUUUUUGAAGUCAGGCAAAGUUGCUCUCGUUGUUCGAGGCCGAUACGCUGGUAAGAAGGUCGUGAUCAUCAAGGCUCACGAUGAGGGAACCAAGGCUCACCCCUUCCCCCACGCUCUGGUUGCCGGUGUCGAGCGAUACCCUCUCCAGGUUUCCGCUGACAUGGACGCCAAGAAGAUCGCCAAGCGAACCAAGGUCAAGCCCUUCAUCAAGGUCGUCAACUACAACCACAUGAUGCCCACUCGAUACACCCUCGACCUCGGUUCCAACCUCAAGAACGUCAUUGGCACUGAGACCUUCGCCGAGCCCACUCUCCGAGAGGACGCCAAGAAGACCAUCAAGCAGGCCUUUGAGGAGCGACACAAGUCUGGUAAGAACAAGUGGUUCUUCACCAAGCUCCGAUUCUAA